CGUGGAAGUUUCCAACACUCAAAACACACUUUCAAACUUAAAAUAUUUUAAGACGCAAUUAGAAACUUUACUUGCGAGCAAAUUUAAUUGAUUUAAAAUGUUGAUGCGUAUUUUUAGCAAUGUUCAAUAUUAAUUUCAGGGGAGGAUGAGGAGUGGAGUGAUUCGGAAAAGACCCCGUCGGUGAGCAGCGGCGUAGAUGGCGGCGGAUCGGCGGUGUCUAGUCCUAUCGCGCCGUCAAUUGUUGAAGAAGAAUCGAGCCUGCCGCCUCCAAGACUCAAUCCCACGUCCUCGAGCAGCAGCGAGGACAUCAGGGUGCGUCUUAACGUGCUCUCGGAAGACACCAGAAAACGUCUGGUCAGUCUCACCGAUGACAUUGAGAUCGCUAAGAGCGUAAAAGAUCGCCAUGCGUCAAGCAGGAGAAUGCGGGAGCCGAGUCCCAAGGAGAUUGACGAGCAGCAGCAGCAGCAGCACGUGAUAAAAGAAGAAGAAGGUCAACCGAGGCCGUCGUCGUCGUCGUCGUCGUCCUCGACCACCGUCCGGAGACGGGACUCCGUCUGUCGGCGAGACUCGGAGGACACCACGACCGGCAUCGAGGCCAAGAGGACCAGACUCGACGACGAGGCUAUACCAAGACUGAGACUCAAUGCUAGUCUGGCGACGGAUCCCGCUCUGCGACCUGCCGCCGUCGCCGCCCUUACCGUGAAACCCGACAACACCUCGCCGCCGAACACGACCCCGCCACUUCCAGCUGGACUCCAAAAUGCGAUUGCUUCGGGUCGCCUGUACGUUCUGCCGACGGACGGGAAAGAGACGAUCACGGUGGAGCCUGCGAGGCCGCCGACCGCUCUGAUUUGUCCACCAUGCGGCAUUCGAUUUAGUUCGGCGAGUACGCUGGAGGCUCAUCGUACUUUCUACUGCGCUCAUCGACCGCGCGUAGACGAAGACGCGACCAACGAGGAGGACGAUGACAACAGCAAGCCCGGCAAGUCCUUCGACGUACGGAAAGCUUACGCGUGUCCGCAUUGCUCGUACAGCGCCGACAAGAAGGUGUCGUUGAAUCGUCAUAUGCGGAUGCACGCCGUCUCGCCGGCGCCGCCACCGACGACAACUCCGACUCCGAACUCUUCGGCGAAUAAUAUUGCCGCGGUUGGUCCGACCGCGGCGUCUAAUGGAUCUUUGAACGAGAAUGCCGAGAGAUAUUGUAGAAAUUGCGACAUCAAGUUUAACUCGUUGAAAACGUACAGGGCGCACAAAACGCAUUACUGUGACACUAGACACGUGGUGAAGGACGCGACACCGACGUCCGCGGCACCACCAGCACCAAACAUGGUGAAAGCGUCGCCGCCGACUAGCUCAAGUCCCGGCGAUUCGCCGCCUCCGCAGCCCUGCCUGGCGCUGCCCACCAAUCCCAUUCUCAUCGUGCCGUACUCGUUGUUCCGUAGCGCGAGCGUUCUCGCCGCACCCGCUCUUCCGGCUCCCGAUACAGCGUGCUUCCUUAUGCCAAACGGUUCGCUUCAGCCAAUGACCAGAGGUCUCGCUACCACGCCGAACGCGGUGGUCGAGCCGCCAGCCGUUCUGAGAGCAGCAAACAAACCUGCGACGCCGGCGUCCGUGGUCGCGGCGGCGUCCACGUCGCCGUCGGCUUUAGCGCCUCUCGAUCUCAGCGUUCGCAGAUCGCCAGUGCACCAAGACGAAAAGGAGAACAGAAUGUCACCGGCGCCGUCGUCUCUGCCACCACCCGCGAGCAGUCCCAGAUCCAGAGGAAGCGGUAGUCCGAGAACGAGAUCCAUCGGUCCGGUUCAGACAACUGCCGGCGGCAGCGCCGUCGCGCCACCUCCUCCCGCAGAACUCGCACUUAGACUGGCCGAGCUUCCGCCACCUCCCGUUCCCGGAGUUCUCGUCAAACAAGGUGUUUCCAGAUGCAAAGAGUGCAACAUCGUGUUUUGUCGCCACGAGAAUUUUGUCGCUCACAAGAAGCACUACUGUCAAGCGAGGGAAACGACAGUGAGCAACAGUCCGCCGCCGAUCGGCACACCGUCACCACCUCUGGUCCAGCUUAUUUGUGCGGCAUGCGGUAUCAAAUUCGCUUCCCUCGACAAUCUGAACGCUCAUCAAGCAUUCUAUUGUCCGAAGAGGCCUGAACUUCAAGAACAUCACACACGGUGUUCUAAGUGCAAGGCUAUAAUAGAACCGGGAAGCACUCAUACCUGUGUGGGCGGUACGUCAGGUGGAUGGCGGUGUCCGGUAUGUGGCGCUGUCAGUCCCACGGCUGGCGCCGCUCAGCGCCACAUGGAGUCUCACCAAGGCGUCAAGGCCUUUCGAUGCUCGAUCUGUAGUUACAAGGGUAACACAUUACGUGGCAUGAGGACACACAUUAGGAUGCAUUUCGAAAAACGUGGCACUGAUCUUCAGGAAGAGAACUACAUAACGUGCGUGCUGGAGAACGAGACGACGCUGCCGACGUCCGAACCCGCAGCUGCUACGACGCCGGAAGAGAUUCCCGCGGAAAUACAGGUGAACGGCAAAACGGAGAUAAGGAAGAGCCCGCAGCCUCCGCCGCCGCCACCGCCGCCGCCGCCGCCGCCGCCGCUAGCGCCAACGAUCGCCAAUAAAGUGAAGCAGGAACGGGAGGACACGCCGCCACCCGAGGAGAGUCUGGAUCCCAAUAAGAGCGGACCGCGUUACUGCCGUUCUUGCGACAUCAGCUUCAAUUACUUGAGCACGUUUAUUGCCCACAAAAAGUACUAUUGUUCGAGCCACGCCGGCGAGGCGAGCAACAACAAUAAUAACAACAACAACAACAACAACAAUAACAAUUCCAGCGGUCAUCCAACGUCACCGCCAAGCAACAGAACUGAAGCGUCGGUACUUUAAACGUGACAUUUUUUGAACAUAGAUUUGUGCUCUUCCUCAGUUUGCUUCUCUUCCUGGAAACAAUACUGAACUGCAUAUCCUGUGAAAAAAAAAUAUAUUUUUAAGAAACCGCAAAUGAAUUCCACGCGCUUUUAAACGUACACAAUUAUUAUACACAAUUAUUUUUCCCUUUCCUAGUCAAGUGUAUGUGAACAUUUUAAAAAUAUUCACUUUUUUGUUAUUUUAAACAACAUAAUACUGUAUCUAAAAUUUAAAAUUUAAAAAGACUCCAUUUCGCGAUAUAAACAUCAUACUUAAAAAAAAAAAAACUCCAGAGUGAAGAGAAGUAUAAAAGGUGCGAUGAUACACAACUGUGUUAAUUGUUGCAAAUUUAUACAUAAUGUAAUGAACGACUCUGUCGGACUUCUUAGUUGACUAAUACAUUGUGUGAUGUUUGUUAAUCCAGAGAAUCGUUCGUAUUUAUAAGACGAAGGUAUCAUAGUUUGUACAUAUAUAUAGUUGCGCGUGCAAUGAGAAUGAAUGGAAGAAUGCAAACAGAACCGUAACUGUAAUUAGCGUCCCAGUCUUGUCGUUGUCAAGUAAAGGACACACAUCGUGUAAUAAUAAUAAAACAAACUUAAAAAAGUGCGGGACAUAAUCACUUCAAAAGUGAUUUUUUUUAUUCGAAUUUCUAACAAGUUAGAAGUUCAGUUUAUUAUUUAACAUUUUUAAAUGUGUAAAUUUACAUUUAGAACAUUAUAUUUUGUUUAUUGUAUAUAUUUCUUAUUGUUUAUUUUUAGUUUGCGAAUAAUAUAAGGCUGGAAGACAAAUUAUAUUUAAAACAUUGACAAUUUCUAGUUGCGAUUCCGUUUGCAUUGUCUGCUUGAUUGCUGUAGCGAUUGUCGUGCCUGAAUUGGUAUUCUUAAAAAAAUAAAAAAAUUUAAAAAAAUAAAAUUAAUGUGACGUCGCAGCAUUCUGUGUAUAUAAAACUCGACGACCAACAAAGUAACGUGAAAAAAAAGAAAAAGACAAAAGAAUGCAAUUAGGCUCGAGGCCAAUUUUUGAAUUGAUCAAUCCCGUGGAGAUGUGCAAUUCAUGACCUUUUAAUAAUCUCAUAGUAUAUAGUUAAUAAUCGACAUUUAUCUUUUAAGAUCCGGUACGAUGAGUGUAAAAUGUUGUAUAAUAGAAAAGUAGAGUAUUACGGAGCAAGUAGUAAAACCGACACUCCCUGGUGAACGAUACCAAUCUCAGCUUGUGAAUCUGCUAAAUUACGUUGCGCAAUAUAUAUGUACGACAUUUUAUAUAUACAUACAUAUUUAUGUAUAUGUAUAUACACUGUUUUAUAUAUAUAUAUAUAUAAAUAUAUUCUCGCGGAAUCACGCCUGCGUCUGCGAAUAAUAACGCGCGAAUGCGUCGAUGAAUGUCCGUUGAGUACUUUCCAAUGCCGCGUCGUGAAAUACACAAAGUUCGGUAAAUUGACAUCUUUUACAAGUAGAAAACAAAAUUCAACUUUUGAAAAUUAUAAACUUUGAUAGAGUACGUCAAAUUGAAACAUACGCGCGCGUGCGUAUGUGUCUAAUAAGCAAGUUUUCUUCGCGCUUCCGAAACGUGUGAAUAAUUUUAAAUUUUUAAUUAACGGGUAUUCUUUUGUUUUUUUGUUUUUUCUUACAAAAAUCUAAAUUCAAUAUUUUUACUUAAAUACACGUAGUCUGAAAGUCAUGUACCGACGCGGAAAAUGAAAUUUGGUGACAGAAAGGAUGACGAUCUCAAAAAAUAUGCCUUCCUCUCGUUUAUCGGUGUUACUGUCUUGGAUUUUUAUGGACGCAUUCGAGAAUUCGUGCAUUGAAUCAAAACAAACGUCACGUGUACGUGUUCGCGAAACGAAGCGAGCAACCCCUCGCGCCGUUCUCGCGAGGACACGUAAAAGUGUAAAAUAAAUUAGAAUUAAGGCCAGUGUUACAUGUAUACGCAGUGUACUACUCAUAUCAUUACGAAACUCGUUAAUUGAAAAAAAAAAAAAAACGAUCGUUGACCGCGCGGCGAAAUCACAAAGAAAAUUGCAAAUAACAUUUUGCAAAGAUAAGUAAUCUCAUCCGGAUCUAUUCUUUCCCUCCCCUCUCCCGCCCCUUUCCCCGAUCGUUAAACGACUGCAAAAUAUUGUUUGUUUUACGUUGCGUUGCCCACGCGUGUUAUGUUGUUAAUUGCGGAUCAGCGUUUCCCGAGCACAAGACUGACCGUGCGCGGAGAAAUCUGUAAAUCCACCAUUUUCCAACCACACUUGUUACGCGAUAUAAACUUUUCAUAUGUUACAUGCCAUAUAUGUCAGAAGACAGUUGUUUUCUCAACACACGCACACAUCUUGACUUUUUUUUUUAUCAAGGGAUCGAUCACACAAAUUUUGCGAAAGCGAAGAAAUGCGGCUAGAUUUCUUUGCUUUCUUUGACUUUCCUUAAUUUUUUUCUAAAGUGUUUUUCACUAAUUCUUUCGAUUUCUCGUUUUUUUUUGACCAUGAGAAAAAUAAUAUUCAAUUGAAUUCGCUUCAUCACAGCCACUCGAAACACGACACUUUCCGAAAUUAUUGCGUAAACGAUCCCUCAUCUCUAGGCUUACUUCUCUUUUGCUGUUUUUAUUUUGAUAACCGAAUUUUACACACGCGAGAUAUAUACCUAUAGAGAAAAGUCUGUAAUAAACAUGUAAGCGUACAAAUAAAACUUUACGCCAUUUACAAUUCA